AUGGUUACCCGAAUGGUUAGAACUUCGAUUUUGAUCAGUAAAUUUAAUGAGUCGCAAGUGUUUGUUUAUUUGCCUGUCAGAAGAAACUGGCAAAGAGAAACUUUGUUGGGUCGGUUGCAGAGUAGAUUGAUGACCACAAGUAAGCGAGUGCAGGAUAGAAGCAAGACAAAAAGGGUGCAUGAUCUUGAAAUAGUAACAGAGAAAUGGAAAAUAGUAUCAAAAGUGAUGGCAGUGAUGGAGAUUUUAAAGGAGGAGCCAGAGUUUAUAAUCCCAGUGAGGAACCUUGAACGAUACAGGGCUAAAAUCAAUCUACCUAAACCCCAUAAAAUUUCAGACUUUCUUCGGAAAUCGCCAAAGCUUUUUGAAUUGUAUAAGGAUCGGAGGGGAGUGUUAUGGUGUGGAAUGACAAAAGAAGCGGAGGAUUUAGUAGAAGAAGAGGGAAGAUUAAUUGAGGAAAACUCAGACAAGGUCGCAGAAUAUGUGACUAGAUGUUUAAUGAUGUCUGUUGAUAGGCGGCUUCGGUUGGAUAAGAUAGCAAAUUUUAGGAGAGAUUUUGGUUUGCCUCUUGAUUUUAGGGAUAAAUGGGUGCAUAGGUAUCCAGAACUGUUUAAAGUUGUUAAGUUUGCAGAUGAAGUCAGUUAUUUGGAACUUGUGUCUUGGAAUCCUGAUUGGGCUAUCACAGAAUUAGAGAAGAACGUAUUAGGGGUGCAUGAAAGCAGUAAUCAGCAGCCAGGAAUGCUUUCAUUGUCGUUUCCUUUGAAAUUUCCUUCUAAUUACAAGAAGGUGUACAGACAUCGAGAGAAAAUCGAUCACUUUCAGAAAAGGUUUUAUUUAUCACCAUAUGCAGAUGCUAAGGGACUUACUGCUGGGUCAUUAGAGUUUGAUAAGAGGGCUGUUUCCGUUAUGCAUGAGUUGCUUAGCUUUACCCUUGAGAAGAGACUGGUGACUGAUCACCUUACGCAUUUUCGACAGGAAUUGGUGAUGCCGCAGAAGUUGAUGAGACUUCUUUUAAAGCAUAUGGGGAUUUUCUAUGUGUCUGAGAGGGGUAAGAGAUUUAGUGUAUUUUUGACUGAAGCUUAUGAAGGUCAAGAACUGAUUGGGAAAGGUCCUCUGGUUGUUUGGAAGGAGAAACUCUUGAGUCUUGUUGGUUACAGAGGGAAGAAGAAGAAGAUUUUAACAUUUGACGAUUUAUCGGACUUGGAGGAUUGUGGUUUGAUUGAGAAUAGUUCUGAACAAGAAAACAUGGGUAUGCAAUUUGGGCAUGAGGACACAAUGGUUGGCGUCGAAGAUGCUUUACUUGCAGGCAAUGAUGAGAUGAAUAUUGGAGAAAUUGCCCUCACAGACAAGGAUAGUGAAAAAUCUUGA